CUCGUGGAGGCGCCUCUUCUUUGCGAUCCUUCAAUUCAUUUCAAGCGCGUCUCCCUCACGCGCAACCUUGAUAACUCCACUCGUCAACCCCACAAUUCAUAAAUAAACACACGCUCUCUCUCUCCCUCUGUAUCUCUCUCGCUCUCUCUCUGUGUGGUGGCCGGUGGCGGUGGGGGUUGAUUUCAAUGGCUUUCCAAAACCCACUGUUGCAUUUGCUGUGCUUGAAGAGCAAAAGAGCCAGCCUCUACUACUUGGGUUCAACAGCCAUCCUCUGCUCCCUCUUCUACCUCGUCGGUCUCUGGACCCACUCCUCUUCCACCACAGCCGCCGUUAUAUCCUCCGCCUUCUCCGGCGUCUCAUGCUCCGACCAACCCCGCAACGCCACCACCACCACCACCACUGUCCACCUUGACUUCUCCGCGCACCACCAGGGUCCGGACCCUCCUGUCAAUUACGAUGAGCGUCGUGUCGACCGAAUUCCCCCCUGCGACGCCAAUCUCUCCGAGUACACGCCAUGCGAGGACGCCCAGAGGUCCCUCAAGUUCGACCGCAACAUGCUCAUAUACCGAGAGCGGCACUGCCCCGAGCCGCACGAGGUACUCCGGUGCCGGGUCCCCGCGCCGACCGGUUACAGAGUUCCCUUCCGUUGGCCGCAGAGCAGGGACUCGGUGUGGUACGCCAACGUGCCACAUAAGUGGUUGACGGUGGAGAAGAAGAAACAGAACUGGGUCCUGUUCGAGCGCGACCGGUUCAGGUUCCCCGGCGGCGGGACCAUGUUCCCCAACGGUGCGAAUGCGUACAUUGAUGAUAUUGGGAGGCUGAUCAAUCUCAAGGAUGGCUCUAUAAGGACCGCCAUUGAUACCGGUUGUGGGGUGGCUAGUUGGGGAGCUUACCUUCUUUCGAGGAACAUUGUGGCAGUAUCAUUUGCACCAAGAGACACACAUGAAGCUCAGGUCCAAUUUGCACUUGAGCGAGGGGUGCCUGCAUUGAUUGGAGUUAUUGCUUCAAUCAGGCUUCCUUACCCUUCAAGAGCCUUUGACAUGGCUCACUGCUCACGUUGCCUAAUUCCCUGGGGCCAGAAUGAUGGGCAUUAUUUGAUCGAAGUUGAUCGAGUUCUUCGUCCUGGUGGGUAUUGGAUCCUGUCGGGGCCACCGAUAAACUGGGAGAAACACUGGAAAGGCUGGAACAGAACACGCGAAGAUCUUAGAACAGAGCAAACCAUGAUUGAGAAUGUUGCCAGAAGCCUAUGCUGGAAAAAAUUGAAACAAAAGGAUGAUCUUGCUAUUUGGCAGAAACCAACUAAUCAUGUCCACUGCAGAAUGAACAGGAAGGUUUUCAAACAUCCACGGAUGUGCCAAGCUCAGGAUCCAGACAAGGCAUGGUACACUAAAAUGGAGAGUUGUUUAACCCCACUUCCUGAAGUUUCCGACAUUAAAAAAGUGGCAGGUGGGGAACUAGCAAAAUGGCCAGAGAGACUGACUGCAAUUCCACCAAGGAUUAGUGGAGGAACUUUGGAAGGAAUUACAGCUGAGAUUUUCAGAGAGAAUACAGAGCUAUGGAGAAAGAGAGUAGCUUAUUACAAAUCCCUGGACAAUCAAUUAGCUGAGCAGGGGAGGUAUCGGAACUUGCUGGAUAUGAAUUCUUUCUUGGGAGGAUUUGCAGCUGCAUUGGUUAAUGAUCCUGUGUGGGUUAUGAACAUUGUUCCCGUUGAGGCUGAGAUCAACACCCUUGGGGCCAUCUAUGAACGAGGAUUGAUUGGAACCUAUCAAAAUUGGUGCGAGGCCAUGUCCACUUAUCCACGAACUUACGAUUUUAUCCAUGCUGAUUCAGUUUUUAGCCUCUACAAGGGCAGAUGUGAUAUGGAAGAUAUACUUUUAGAGAUGGACCGGAUUUUGCGGCCGGAAGGUAGUGUGAUUUUCCGGGAUGAUGUAGACUACUUGGUGAAAAUCAAGAGCAUCAUAGAUGCAAUGCAAUGGGAUAGCAGAAUUAUAGACCAUGAAAAUGGGCCACAUCACAGAGAGAAGAUUUUGUUGGCAUCCAAGCAGUAUUGGACAGCUCCAGCCCCUGACGGGAAUAAAGGAGGAAGUAAAAGUGCUUCUUUAUAAAAGCUAUUCUUCUUCUGCUUUCUUGAAUCAAAUUUUCAAUUUUUCUGUUAAUAACUUUAUCAGACGCUGAUUCUUUGACGCCCACUAUUUUUUUAUUGUUUGGGCAACGGGGGUAUAUAACAUUUACAUGAAGGCCUUGAUUUUGUCC